AUGGUGCUAAGAAUGGCGAGACUCACUGACGAUGCCGACUACGAUGCCGGCGAAACGUCUGUGAAUGUACCACGUCCACGGUCCUACUUUGGAAAUGAUGAUGCAUACAAUGAACUCCGGACUAGCCUUGCUUUCCCAAAAGGUGUUCUCAUCCCGGUUGGAGUGGACUGCAGCUCCCACCUCGCCUCGUUCGUAUCCGAGCCACACCCCCGGCGGAAGUCGAAGCAUGACAAUGCAGGGUGUACUCUCAACACGCCAACCACUACACCAGACUGCCACGAGUGCCCUUGGAUCACAGAGCAGGCGUAA